AUGCACAAUAGUGUUCCAGCAUCCAACACAUGUUCUCCGUUUAGGGAGGAAACCGUGUCGAAAAGAGGAAAGCGGUCACGUGGAACUGGAGGGGAUGACAAAAUAACUCGCGGCACGUGCUCUCAGCCGUUUAGUGUCAUCACACUCCCCCCGGGAAAACUUCUCGAAUGGCUGGUGUGUUCUCCCUGCCGAGUAUAUGAUGUCAACCUUCCUCGUUCCCGUAAUAAUGAUAAUAACAUAUCCUCAUUGCAGUGUGCCGUUUUACCGAACUUCUUUGUGGAAUAUGGUGGGCGCUCAUACUCUUGUGUCGCAAAGGUGUGCAAACCGCAGCUACGCAAGGUAUUGCUGCGGGCUCUUGCGGCAGUGCGUCAAGAGAUGGGCUCUGUUGACGAUAUCCCCCACGACUCACUUCUUGUUGUUGCUGUUUCUCCCAUUAAUGCCUUUUCCUCGGAGUGCAUUCAUGAUGCAUCGCGUACUGCAAUGCCAAGAGCACGUGAGGGUUGUAAGAUUGUGGGAUUGUGCGUGGCGCGGGAACUGAGUGCGCCGCAUCGAAUGCACUGUGAGUCUAAUUGGUCACACGAGAAGAGUGAAGCCUCGGGUGUGGGGGCAGCCGUACAGGAGGGUCUCGGGGACUGUUGGGAGGAGGAUGCCACGCGUGUUGGAGGCACUAAUAAUGUGAGAAAAGCAUUUUGUGGUGUGCAGCUUGUGUGGGUGGCGGAUUGCUAUCGGCGCCAUGGCGUAGCCAAAGUACUUGUCGAUACAGCGCGCCGGCACAUUAGCUACGGGUUUGAGGUUCCAGUUGAACGGGUUGCUUUUUCUGAGCCGACUUCGCUUGGGAAGCUGUUCGCGAAAAGCUACAGUGGACGGCCUGAUUUUCUUAUAUUUUGA